AUGCAAGUGAUCAACCUCAAGUUGAACGAUCGGACAGCUGUCAGCUUGUCACCUCUCAUGAUCUGUUGGCUGUUCCUGUUCGCCCGAUCGGAGGGCCAACCGCCGGUCGGCACUCCCAGGCCGCCGCCAUGUAACGCUGGCUGCAACGCACGGCACCAACCAACGUCCAAGACGCACGAAAUGCUUUUAGCCAGAGUUUCAGAAUGUUCGACCUCGGCAGCCCGCUCAACCACUCGCUCUACGCUCUGUACGGCUAGUUGGGCAGACUGCUAUGGUGUUACAGUGGUACACUAG